GAAAAGUGGUGUUCUCAACAGUUCUUACUUUGUUACUGUUUAAUAUUAAGAUUACAGUGAAGGCAAUUGAUAAUAAUUUAUAAAAUAUUCAUAGUGAAGAAAGACUUGUAUUUAUUAUCUUAUGAAAAUAUGUUAAAACCGAAAGCUCUUACACAAGUUCUGAGUCAAGCCAAUACAGGUGGAGUAGAAAAUACUUUAUUGUUAAAUAGAGAUGGUGGUUUAUUAGCUUAUAGUGGUUAUGGGGAUAAAGAUGCAAGAGUAACUGCUGCAAUUACAAGCAAUAUCUGGUCAGCUUAUGAAAAAAAUGGACGAAAUGCAUUUAAGGAGGAUGAAUUACAAUUUGUAUUAAUGGAUUGUGUGGAGGGCAAAGUUGUAAUCACGGAAGUAGCAAAUUUGCUGUUAUGUUUAUAUGCAAAAGAAAAUGUAGGAUUUGGUUUAUUAAGAGAAAAAGCACAAGCUCUAGCAAGAUAUCUUGAUCAGCCACUAAAAACAAUAGCCAAUAUGCCUUGAACAUCAUAUAUAUAUAAUACUUUUUGUUAUCUAUGGUAUAUUAUGUAUAAUACUGUGCUGAUAUUCCAUACUCCUAAUACUUUUUUAGUAAUUUUUUGUAAGAAUUUAUGAUUUGUACAACUCUGUAAAUAAUAUAUUUUUAAUAAAUCGAAAGUUUGUUAGUUUAAAAA